AUGUCUGGAUUGGCCUUACUUUGCUUCCUGCUUUUAAAUACUGGAGUUCAUGGUUUUAAGAUAUCACCACGCUUCCUUAAUAACUUACUUAACAGAGGUUCUCUCACUCAUCAAGACAUCACAGAGAGAGCAAUCCUUAACAUCACUGCACAGGUUUGCCGUAGCCUGGCUCUGUCUGAGGGCAAAGACUUCUCUUUUCCUUCCCUUACUGCUACAGCUGUUGCCACUGCAUGUGAAGCAUCAAAAUCCUCCAAAAAUUUCAUCCGGACCAUCAACAAGAUCAAGAGUAAUAACUGGCAAAUAGAUAUUUUCAAGGCCUUGAGUGCACCUCAUCACUGUGACAAUGAGAAGAUAACAGAAGGACAGAAGCUCAUCACAGAUGGAUUAUCAGUGGUAAAGGGUGCCAACAAGCAGAAAAACUUUGCUUCAGCAAUCUCGCGUCUAGGAAACAUUUUCCACACCUUACAGGAUUUCUACAGUCACAGUAACUGGGUUGAAAUAGGCAACAGAUUUCCAAACACCAAUUUGAUCAGAGGGAAGAUCAGCGUUGAAGAUAUAGCAGCUAAAACUAGAGCAACCUGCCGCAACUGUAAUGGAGAUGACUGCAAGGACAACAUUCUGGAGGACAUCCUUGACAACAACAUACUUACUUCAGGAUAUUUCAGUGUGAAUCCCUUUGCCAAGCCUCCAGGAAAAUGCAGCCAUGGAAAUUUCCCUGAUAGUACAGCUCUACUGGAACCCAAAGGAGGAAUCAACAAAGAUACAAAGGACUCUAGCCAUGGACAUCUCCACGAGCAGGCAGCCAAUAUGGCAAUAGCAGCAACCAGUGAGCUGCUGGAGGAUGUUCGAGGUGCAGCUGGAGACAGACAGUUCCUUGAGAUGAUGGGACUCUUCAAAGGGAAACCUCUUUGUUUUUGUGUUGACACCACAGGAAGUAUGAGCGAUGACAUAGAAGCAGUGAGGACUGUCACAUCAGCUAUAAUUGACAGCAAAUUGGGAACAGAGGAUGAGCCCUCAGUUUACAUUCUUGUUCCCUUCAAUGAUCCAGAUUUUGGGCCUCUGAUUCGGACAACAGACCCAAACAUUUUUAAGGGUUACCUCAACUCACUAUCAGCAAAUGGAGGUGGAGAUUUUCCAGAAAUGAGUCUUUCUGCUCUUCAGCUGGCUCUAACUGGUUCACCUCCAAAUUCUGAGAUCUACGUUUUUACGGAUGCUACAGCUAAAGAUGAACAUCUGAGGAACCCAGUGAUUGCCCUAAUAGAGCAGACAAAGUCUGUUGUAACCUUCAUGAUCACUGGUGGUUUGGGCUUUCGACGGCGAAGACAAGCAGACAGCAACCAACAGCAAAGUCUCCGGAUGGCGAGAUCAGAUGCUCAGCUGUACAGAGACCUGGCUCAGACUUCGGGAGGCCAGGCUGUUGAAGUCUCUAAAGGUCAGCUGCUCGAGGCCAUCAAUAUCUUAACUGAAUCCACCAGCUCUUCUCAGAUUGUCCUUCUGCAAGCAGCCAGGACCCCUGCAAAAGCUGAAAAUUUCACUUUUGCAGUCGAUGAGUCAGUACAAAACCUGACAGUGUACAUCACUGGGACUUCUGUUGAUUUUACACUACUCAGUCCUUCAGGUGUGAUCCAAAAUGGAGGCAACACAACAGGAUCUUCAGUCAUUUCUUCCCGGUCAGUUGGAAACCUCCAGACAUUUCAGCUAAGAACAGAACCGGGAGUGUGGGAAAUAAGAAUGGAUUCAACAAAUCCCUACACUCUGAAGGUUGUCGGUGAGAGCUCCAUUGACUUUCUAUUUGACUUUAUUGAAGAGUCAAAUGGUCUGUUUGAAGGGUUUAGUCUGAUUGAGAACCGACCCACAGCUGGCAGAAAUGCCAGUCUGCUGGUGACACUGAUUGGAAGCGACAUUGCUACAGUAACAGAAGUCACUCUGGUAGAAUCAUCAGGUUCGGGUCAGGUUAACGGCACAGUAGAGACCCAGGGUGGAGGGGAAUAUAUUGUCCGCUUUGCCAGGAUCCCAUCAGUUGAGUUUGUUGUUCUUGUGAAGGGGCAAAACAACAAUACUAUCACCAGAGCAUCCUCAGGGGUCUUCCAAAGGCAGUCCACCACCAGCCUGAGAGCUUCUGUUCUCACUGUUUCUAUUGAUGAUUCAGAUACGGACUUGGAACCAGGAGCAAAAAAAUCAUUCCCUUUCUCUGUGAUGACAACUGGUGGAGGUGGAAACUUCAUGAUUCGAGCUACCAAUGACCAAGGCUUUACUUUAGAUUUUCCAUCCAGUUUACUCCUGGAUGAUAAAGGCAGUGCUAAUGGUACUGUGAACAUCACAGCACCUGCUAACACCCUGUCUGGUGCUGGUGUCACCUUGACCAUCGAGGCUGUGGCUCCAGGAAAUGCGGACACCAACUAUGCUGUGCUGAGGCUAACUGUCCUUUCAACAGUGACGGAUUUUACUCAGCCAAUGUGUCAUCUAGUCAAUCUACAGGCCAACUGCUCUGACAACUGCAGCCAGUCUAUGUGGGAGCUCUCUGUCCAGGUGACUGACGGAGCUAAUGGGACAGGGGUGGACAGUGUGACUCUCCGAGAAGGCACAGGCACUUUAAACAUCACCAUGGCAAACAACACAGAGAACUCCACUUCAGUGUCUUAUGUAGCCUCCUGCUGCUCACCUGAUGUGCAGCUGGUUGCUGUGGAUCAAGUAGGCAAUGUGGAAAUCUGUAGUUACUCUGAAACCAGUGUCUCCUCUGUGAAGCUCAGGAAGAGCUAA